UUCGCUGCCACAAACCCGCUCGCGUACGGCCAAAGACCAGUUGCGUGACUUCAGUUAGGUCGUUGUCUGAUCGCCCGUAACACCGUUCUGUUGGACGUUGGUUCAUUGUCCCGCCGGCCCACUGGGCAUUCGUGGUGUCCAACCCCCACUUUCGACUGUGCGUUGCUCUGCUGCCGGCUGCUGUCUGCUGCUGAUGCUGAUGCCGAUGCCGAUGCUGAUGCUGCGCGAACAGAGUGAGGACGCUGAACUUGCGUGCUGAACUCACCGCCGUUGCUUCACGGCUCGACCGCACCGCGCCGUCUCCCCGGAUCACGCAGAUCGUCCUUGCAGACGCCGAGCCGUCGCCCAAGAACAGACAAUCUGAGAACCGAGACCCGAUCGUCUUGACGAUCAGUGACGGGCUCCCGCCCAAGCACGCCCCAGUAUCUCGCGCACUCUCAUCCAUCGCCAGGGCCAGGUAACGUCAAUCCGGCCUGCUCUAUCAAGCAUUGUCUGUUUGAAUCACGCUUGAAUCACACAUCGCCUUGUCUCGCUGGCCUCUCCGCCGAGGGCUUUGACACGAGAGACAGAGACCAGGGAAAGGAAAGGAGAAAGGAAGGAUUCGUCCCGCUACGAGCGGCCACGUCUAAAUCUAUCGGACCUGUCCAUCGGGGCUUUUUUCGAGAAGACGCGGCGCGGAGCUUUGUGUUGCUCUGUGUUUCAUGCCUUGGGCUGACACACGCACCCAGACACACGCACACACACGCACACAGUCACCCUGCCAAAGCCACAUCGGCGACGACCCAGCCCUGUGACGCAACAAGGCUUGCCCUUCGUUCUCACAGGCACUUUUUUCGACCGUUGCAGAGAACCGUACUACAGCUAAGAACAACAGACAAGAGCAGAAGCUGAAAGCACACCGACAAGCAGCUGCAACAGCAGACCUUUGUGUUCGAGCCGUCUUCGCUGGAAGCACAGGACGACCCGCAAGUGCGCCCGCACCCCGGCAGUCCGCAUCGUCUCCCAAGCACACGCCCUCUCGCCAUCGCUUGCUUACCUCGUCCUCGCACUCAGGCCAGAGCUGAACACCGUUUAGGCUGCAGCAAUGAACCCUCUUCAGCAGAAGCAGAAGGUUGACAUCAGCUCGCUGUCACCAGACGAGCAGCGCUUGUUCCGCAUGUAUGGCAAGCUGCCAAACAAGAAGGACUUGUUGCAGAACAAGUUAAAGGAACGCAAAUAUUUCGACUCCGGCGACUACGCCCUCUCCAAAGCAGGCAAAGCGUCGGACGUCGGCGUUACCCAGAUCGGCCGCGAGCAUCCCGUGCCCGAAAACAUCCCACACUCGUCGGCCACGUCGCACGCCAGUCACAACGGCAGCAUCUCUGCGUCUCCGGGCACGAUCCCAGGCCAGAACUUGGCCGGCGGUCUUGCCAGAGGAGCCAGCCCUGUCAAGGAAGGAAGCCAUCUGCAAAGGGAGAGAAGCGCCAGCGACAUCGACGACGAGGACGCCGAAGACGAACAGCAAGGCAGCGGCCAUGCUAAGCCUCGGCCGAUCGCGAUUGAGAAGUAGCCGUGGUGGAGAGAUUGUGGUGAACGUGAGAAGAAGGUACUGGUUGCAACGUUUCGGAGUAUAUCAGGAAGCUCAUCGAGGCAGUAAGUAUUUUGAAAAAGAACAGGGGGUUUGACAAAGAAAAAAAAAAAAGCAAAAGUGAUUUUGGCUGGCAAUCCUAUCAUUCCGUACGCAUACUCUCUCAGAUCGAACAGCCAGCCGCCAGUUGGUAAACGGGGCACACCUGCAUAGCCAAGCCAGAAUGGAGAGAAGGAGAGUGAGGGUGAGGGUGAGAGGGUGAGAGGGCGAGACUGUGUGAGUGAGUGACAGAUGGGGAAGGUAUGUGUGUUGGAAAGGACGUUCAUUCACGCAGAUGUUUUUGCCGUUGAAAUUAACUGCCGGUAUAUUCUCUCUGUCCAUGUGCUGCAUAGACAGAGUCUCAUAUGUUCCUUACACACUUGGUGGGUUCACUCGAGAUGGCAAACUACAAAUUCGGAGGCGAGUUUCUUGACGCGACGCGUCUCGCACUGAAAGUCUACUACGUUAUUCUUUUUAUCCAGCCGGGGUAAAGGUGGUUGUCUGAUUCUUUGACCGUGUAUCUUUUUACUACAAACAGAUUUAUAUAGGGCGCAUGAAAGCAAAUCCACUGCCGCGGCUGAACUCUCUG